GCGAACGUUCCGUCCCGCCUUCCUUCCGCCACGCUGCCUGCUCCUCACACUCACUCGGCCACAACCGCAGUAGCGUGCGCAUGCGCGCUCCAGGGAGACCCUCAGGGAGACCCUGAGGGCGCAGGCACCGCGAGCGACCCUGGAAGCGCUUGUGUUCACCCGGAAGUGCUUCCGCUGCUACUGAGCAAAGAUGGCGGCUGACACCGCAACGGAGCUGCUGUUUUUAGACACUUUCAAGCACCAGAGCGCGGAGCAAAGUACCAAUAUAGAUGUAGUUCGUUUUCCAUGUGUGGUUUACAUAAAUGAAGUACGUGUCAUUCCUCCAGGAGUAAGAGCUCACACAAGUUUGCCUGACAAUAGAGCUUAUGGAGAGACAUCCCCACAUACAUUUCAGUUAGACCUGUUUUUCAACAAUGUCAGCAAGCCAAGUGCCCCUGUUUUUGACAGGCUGGGAAGCCUUGAAUAUGAUGAGAACUCUUCAAUUAUAUUUAGACCCAAUGCAAAGGUCAACACUGAUGGAUUGGUCCUAAGAGGCUGGUACAAUUGUCUGACAUUAGCAAUAUAUGGAUCAGUUGAUAGGGUAAUAAGUCAUGACAGAGAUUCUCCUCCACCCCCUCCACCACCACCUCCUCCUCCCCAGCAACAACCAGGUUUGAAAAGAAACCCAAAACAUGUUGAUGGGGAGAAAGAAGAUCAGUUCAAUGGGAGCCCUCCAAGACCACAGCCCAGGGGACCAAGGACUCCUCCAGGCCCUCCACCUCCUGAUGAUGAUGAAGAUGAGCCCAUGCCUGUGACAGUGGCUGGGGAAAAGGAAGAUGAUGUUGAUCACAGGGAGGACUAUUUUGAGCCAAUUUCUCCUGAUCGAACAUCCGUUCACCAAGAAGGCCAGUACUCUGAUGAAGGGGAGGUAGAGGAGGAGCAGCCAGAAGAAGGGGAGGAUGAGGAGGAAGAUGUGGAUGUUGAGGAAGAUGAGGAAGAGGACGAGGAGGAUGGCCAUACAGUAGAGAGUAUUCCUGAGGAAGAAGACGAGGAGGAGGAGGAGGAGGAAGAUGAAGAAGAGGAAGGUGAGGAGGAGGAAGAGGGUGAAGGUGAUGAUGGCUAUGAGCAGAUUUCAAGUGAUGAAGAUGGAAUUGCUGAUCUGGAACGUGAAACAUUUAAGUAUCCAAGCUUUGAUAUUGAAUAUACUCCUGAGGAUCUAGCCUCAGUGCCACCUGUGACAUAUGAGCCUUAUGAAAGAGAGCUUGGACCUCUUUUGUACUUUAAUUGUCCUUACAAGACCAUAUUUGAGGUUGAAGUUGGUAAGAUAAAGGAUCAAGAUCCAGACAAGGAAAAUUCAGGGGCAGUAGAAGCCUCAGUUAAGCUAAAUGAACUCCUGGAAUUAUAUCAGGAAGAAAGGGGUGCAAAGUGGGUCACAGCUUUAGAAGAAAUUCCAAAUUUAAUAACAAAAGGACUAAGCUACCUGCAAGUGAAGAACACAACACAGGACUAUAUUACCCAAUUAGUAGAUUGGACAAUGCAGGCUUUAAACUUGCAGGUAGCUCUCAGGCAGCCUAUUGCUUUGAAUGUCCGACAGCUUAAAGCUGGAACAAAAUUGGUGUCAUCACUAGCAGAAUGUGGGACUCAAGGAAUCAUGGGACUCUUGCAUUCAGGAGUUAUUAAUGCAUUAUUUGAAUUGUUAUUUGCAGAUCAUGUUUCAUCUUCCCUUAAACUUAAUGCUUUUAAAGCUUUGGAUAGUGUUAUCAGCAUGACUGAGGGAAUGGAAAUAUUUUUAAGAGGUGGGUUAGAGAUACACGAAAAAAGUGGUUAUCAGAAACUCUUGGAGCUCAUACUAUUAGAUCAGACUGUGAGAGUAGUCACUGCAGGUUCUGCAAUUUUGCAGAAAUGCCAUUUCUAUGAGAUUCUGUCAGACAUUAAAAAGCUUGGUGACCAGUUAGCGGAGAACACUCCUCCCCUUCCUAAUCAUAUGGAGUCUGAGCAGGAACCAGACCUUGGACUUGAGAGAACCAACCCAGAAUAUGAAAAUGAUGUGGAGGCACCUAUGGAUAUGGAUCAUCUUUUGGAAUCUUCUAAUAUCAGUGAAGGAGAAGUAGAAAAACUUAUUAGCCUCUUAGAUGAAAUCUUUCAUUUGAUGGAGACUGCACCACAUACAAUGAUUCAGCCACCAGUAAAAUCUUUUCCAACAAUGGCACGCAUUACAGGACCCCCAGAAAGGGAUGAUCCAUAUCCAGUCCUUUUCAGAUACCUUCAUAGUCACCAUUUCUUGGAAUCUAUCACCUUGCUACUAUCCAUUCCAAUAACAAGUGCUCAUCCUGGUGUGCUUCAGGCUGUCAGAGAUGUGUUGAAGUUCCUGGGACAGUCACAAAAAGGUCUCCUCUUCUUCCUGUCUGAGUAUGAAGCAACAAACCUGUUGAUUAGGGCGCUGUGUCAGUUUUCUGAUCCAGAUCAAGAAGAAGGUCUCCAAUCAGAUGGUGCCAGUGAUGAUGCAUUUGCCUUGUGGCUCCUGCAUUCAACACAGACAUUGCAGUGUAUUUCAGAAUUAUUCUGCCAUUUUCAGCGGUGCACAGCCAGUGAGGAAACUGACCAUUCGGACCUCUUGGGAACACUUCAUAACCUUUACCUGAUUACUUUUAACCCUGUUGGAAGAUUUGCUGUAGCUCAUGUGUUCAGCCUUGAGAAGAACCUCCAAAGUCUUAUUACUUUAAUGGAAUACUAUUCCAAAGAAGCUUUAGGUGAUUCCAAGUCCAAGAAGUCGGUAGCAUAUAAUUAUGCAUGCAUACUUGUUUUGCUGGUGGUUCAGUCUUCCAGUGAUGUCCAAAUGCUGGAACAGUACUCAGCGCCUUUAUUGAAGCUUUGUAAGGCAGAUGAAAAUAACACCAAAUUGCAAGAGCUCUGCAAGUGGCUUGAACCUUUGAAAAAUCUUAGAUUUGAAAUUAAUUGUAUCCCAAAUCUCAUUGAAUAUAUUAAACAGAAUAUUGAUAGUUUGAUGACCCAGGAAGGAGUUGGUCUUCUUACUGCACUCCGUGUUCUUUGUCAUGUUGCAUGCCCGCCACCUCCUGUUGAAGGUCAACAGAAGGAUCUUAAAUGGAACCUUGCAGUUAUUCAGCUCUUUUCUGCUGAAGGAAUGGACACCUUCAUUCGGGUUCUGCAAAAGUUGAACAGUAUUCUUAUUCAGCCUUGGAGGCUCCAUGUCAACAUGGGAACCACACUUCAUAGAGUUACUACCAUUUCCAUGGCGCGAUGUACACUUAAUCUCCUUAAAACCAUGUUAACUGAGCUCCUGAGGGGUGGAUCUUUUGAAUUUAAAGACAUGCGUGUUCCUUCAGCACUUGUUUCUUUACAUAUGCUUCUGUGUUCUAUCCCUCUCUCAGGCCGUUUAGAUAGUGAUGAACAAAAAAUUCAGAAUGACAUUAUUGAUAUUUUAUUGACCUUUACCCAGGGAGUUAAUGAAAAACUGACAAUUUCAGAAGAAACUUUGGCCAAUAAUACUUGGUCUUUAAUGUUAAAGGAGGUCCUCUCUUCAAUUUUGCGAAUUCCUGAAGGAUUUUUCUCUGGACUUAUACUGCUUUCAGAAUUGCUGCCUCUUCCAUUGCCCAUGCAAACAACUCAGGAGCUGAAAUGGCUGCAUAGAGAUGUUUGGACUUUUCAGUGUACAUUAGUGCCAGAAGAGGUUAUUGAACCACAUGAUAUAUCGGUGGCACUCAACACCAGAAAACUCUGGAGCAUGCAUCUCCAUGUUCAGGCCAAAUUGCUACAGGAAAUAGUUCGAUCAUUCUCUGGUUCAACUUGUCAGCCUAUUCAGCAUAUGCUGAGGCGUAUUUGUGUUCAGUUGUGUGACUUGGCAUCACCGACUGCACUUCUUAUCAUGAGGACUGUUUUGGAUCUGAUUGUAGAAGAUCUACAAAGCAGUACAGAAGAUAAAGAGAAACAGUACACUGGCCAGACUACCCGAUUACUUGCUUUACUUGAUGCCCUGGCUUCACACAAAGCUUGUAAAUUAGCUAUUUUGCAUCUAGUUAAUGGAACUAUUAAAGGUGAUGAGAAGUAUGCAGAAGUUUUCCAGGAGCUGUUGGCUUUAAUGAGAUCUACUGGGGACAAUGUUAUUCACCAGCAAUGUGCUGAAUAUGUAACAUCCAUUUUGCAGUCCCUCUGUGAUCAGGACAUAGCACUAAUUUUGCCAAGUUCCUCAGAGGGAUCUGUUUCUGAAUUAGAACAGCUCUCCAAUUCAUUACCAAGCAAGGAAUUGAUGUCCUUAAUCUGUGACUGUCUGAUGGAAACACUUGCUAAUGCAGAGACCAGUUAUAAUUGUCUCCUGACAUGUAUCAGGACAAUGAUGUUCCUUACAGAGCAUGAUUAUGGAUUCUACCACUUAAAGAGCUCUCUAAGAAAACGCAACCAUGCUCUGUAUACUGUAUCAAAGCGAGUAAUAAGUAGCUUUAGUAAGGAUACAGGUGAACUGGCCUCUUCUUUUUUGGAUUUUAUGAGACAAAUUCUAAACUCCGACACACUGGGAUGUUGUGGAGAUGAUGGAAGUCUGAUGGAAGUAGAUGGUUCCCAUCCAGCCAGAACACUGGGUCUUACUACUGCAGAGUUAAAACAUUUAUUACAGGACAAAGAAGAAACUCCUGAAAAUUUGCUCCUUGAACUGGAGAAGCAUGUUUUGGAACAUUCUAAAGAAGAUGACAGCCUUGAAUCCUUAUUGGACAAUGUAGCUGGACUUCGGCAGAUGCUGGAAUCAGCAGGCGAUCCUUGUCCUCUGAGUGACCAAGAUGUAGAACCAGUUCUUUCUGCACCAGACUCUCUCCAGAAUCUGUUUAAUAAUAGGACAACAUAUGUGUUGGCAGAUGUGAUGGAUGACCAGCUGAAAUCUAUGUGGUUCUCACCAUUCCAGGCUGAAGAAAUUGACUCUGAUCUGGAUAUGGUAAAAGUAGACUUAAUUGAACUGUCAGAGAAAGGCUGCAGUGACUUUGACUUGCAAGCAGAACUGGAGAGAUCAUUUUUGUCAGAACCUUCAUCUCCUGGUAGGACGAAAACCACAAAAGGGUUCAAACUUGGCAAACACAAGCAUGAGACCUUUAUAACAUCAAGUGGAAAAUCUGAGUACAUAGAACCUGCAAAGAGAGCACAUGUUGUGCCACCUCCUAGAGGAAGAGGCCGAGGAGGAUUUGGACAAGGUAUUCGACCACAUGAUAUCUUUCGUCAAAGGAAACAGAAUACAAGCAGACCACCUUCUAUGCAUGUGGACGAUUUUGUUGCUGCAGAGAGCAAAGAAGUGGUCCCUCCAGAUGGGAUACCACAACCUAAAAGACCACCAAAAGUGUCCCAGAAGAUAUCUUCACGUGGCGGGUUCUCAGGGAAUCGUGGCGGACGGGGAGCUUUUCACAGUCAGAACAGAUUCUUUACACCACCUGCUUCAAAAGGAAAUUACAAUCGUCGUGAAGGAGCCCGGGGUUCAAGCUGGAGUGCACAAAAUACACCACGAGGCACCUACAAUGAAAGCAGAGGGGGUCAAAGCAAUUUUAAUAGGGGCCCCCUGCCACCAUUGAGGCCAUUAAGUUCUGCAGGCUAUCGACCCAGUCCUCGUGAUCGUGCUUCCAGAGGCCGUGGUGGAAUUGGACCGUCUUGGGCGAGUGCUAAUAGCGGUGGUAGUGGUGGCUCAAGAGGAAAGUUUGUAAGUGGAGGCAGUGGAAGAGGUCGUCAUGUACGUUCCUUCACACGAUAAAAGAGACCUUACAGAACAACCCAGUAGGGUGAACUUCUCGUGCUGAUGAUAACAAAAAGAGGCACUAAAGGACCAAUUUAGACUUACUGGUAUCUGAAGACAGCGAGAGAAUAUUUUUGUCUGAAGAAAGCAGUUUUUGUUUGAAACAAGACUUGAAAUUUCAAUAAAAUUCAAGACUUUUUGUGUA